AUGGCAGCUGAUAAUAGGCAAAGCAAUGGGAACCAUCAGUUCGAGUACCCCUCAGUUCGCCGAGCACUUGACCAUACUCUAUUGUCUUCGAAAGAAUACCAUGUUGUCAUAGUUGGUGCGUCGUACGCUGGCUUGUCGGCAGCCUUGACUUUAAUGACUUUGAAAGACGGCCAGCCUCUACCCCUCAGGGACUAUGGUGACUACUCACACCUGCAUGGGACCACUCAGGUGAAAAACCUGAGAAUUACCAUCAUUGACGAAAGAGACGGCUGCUUUCAUACUGUCGGCACACCACUGGCGCAUAUAUCGCCCGCGCAUACACAGCGUAUGUGGAGACAGUAUAAGAGAUUUCCCAAAUUACGCCGGCCGGACGUCAAAGUAAAGCAUGGGACAGUCACGACCAUCGACCCUAAUAACCGGAUUCUCACUUACAUCGACAAAUGCAACAACUUGGAAAGCCAGAAGCCCUAUGAUUAUCUGCUUGUUUCAACUGGUAUAAGACGCAAGUGGCCAGUUGCUCUGAGGGCCCAGAGCCUAAUUCCUCAUCCCAGGGAUGCAUCCAGCCAUGUAGAUGAUAUGGCGGCAGUUGAAAAGCUUGGUAUUGUAGUGAUCGGAGAUGGACCUGUGGGUAUCGAGUUUGCAGGAAGCCUCAAAGCAUACCACUCUAGUAUGCGCGUCACGCUGGUCCAUUCAUGGGACCGGUUACUAUCAAGUGAACCUCUACCGGAUAAGUUCAAGACACUUUCAUAUGAGCUUUUGCAGGGGGAGGGGGUCAGGGUGAUUCUCAACGAGCAUCCUUCAGUUGAAGCUCUCCCAGAUGGAACCUAUUAUGUGAAGUCCAAAAAUGGAGAUCAUAUACAUGCAGGUUUGGUUAUUAUUGCAACUUCACAAAGCAAGCCAUCAACGUCCUUUCUACCCAAGUCAUAUAUUAGCGGAAAUGGUUUCAUUAUGGUUGACUCAAAGCAAAUGGCGCUGACCUUGUUGGAACAGACUAAGGACUACCGUCGAAUUUUCGCAGCGGGGGAUAUAGUUGAGUGGCCAGAAAUCAAAUUAGGAUGCAGCGCAAUGAUCAUGGGAAGCGUGGCUGCCGCUAAUAUCUAUGCCUUGUUACUGACAGAAGAAGACCCGUCUCAGCCACUUGUGAUGGAGCGAUGUCCUCAACACCAGCCGAAAAUUGCUCUAUCAAUAGGUACCAAUGUUGUUAUCUAUGAUGGUAGUGGGAUUGGAAUCCAGCAUGGCAAAGACCUAGCUGAGCUAUCUUUUGGUUCUGACUUGAGUUAUUCACGAGUUCUGAGUGCUCUUGGGCUCGAAGAGUACGACGAAUAG